AACCACAAGGACCACACAUUUCCCUUAGUGCGCCUGUGUGUGUGUGUGUGUGUGUGUGUGUGUGUGUGUGUGUGUGUGUGUGUGUGUGUGUGUGAGGGAGAAAGAGACUUCAGUUAAUCCCCCGUCUGUAUCUCCAGCAGUCUGUCCUUCACUUUAAGAUGAGCAGACGGAGAAGAAGAUGCAGGAUCAGACAGUGAGGAAGUGAGAGAGAGAGUGAAGAGGAGCAGCUAUGAAGAGAACAGCACUCAUCCUACUGACAGCCACCGUCACCUUCAUCACAGAUGUUGUAGUUGGGGCAGAUGUUUGUGCCUCCUGCCACCCGAAUGCCACCUGCGAUGAUAAGACAGACGGCUCUGGAGGGAAAGUGUGUAACUGCAUGUAUGGCUUCGUAGGAAAUGGCAGAACCUACUGCCAAGAUAAAGACGAGUGUCAGCUGGGGCAGAUCUGCGGCGAUCACAGCAGGUGUCAGAACACGUACGGCAGCUACUUUUGCACAUGUGUGUCGGGUUACAGCCCCACCAACAACCUGGCCGUGUUCAUCCCCAAUGAUGGAACAUACUGCCACGAUGUGGACGAGUGUAUUGUGGAUGGUGUGUGUGGUGAGGGUGGUGUGUGUAUGAACACAGACGGUGACUUUGACUGCACAUGCAGAACCGGAUACACAGUUCAGAACGGAUCAGAACCAUUUCAGCCUCACACACACUCUGCCUACUGCCAGAUGGUAGAUUGCGGUCCCCCUCCCUCCGUCCCUCAUGCAGUUCCAGUCCCUCCGUUCCUCACUCUUUAUGGCAGUGUUGCCCAGUUUGCUUGUGCCGAUGGUUUCAGGUGGACAAGUGGAAACGUCACAGCCAUCUGUGGCCCUGAUGGACACUGGAGCUUUCCCAGCAUGCACUGUGAAGAGAUCCGAUGCGGCUCACCCCCUCCUGUCCUCCACUCUGUAGUAUUAUGGAAUGGCAGCAGUACGAUAGGCUCUAAAGCUGUGUAUGAGUGUGAAGCAGGAUAUCGCAGUGUGGGAACAGGGAGUGUGUUGGAGUGCGACUCUCACGGCCGCUGGACCAAUACUCACAUCACAUGCAAAGAGAUUCGAUGCUCUGAGCCCCCUGUGCUGCCCCACGCUGGCCGGUUGUGGGACGGCAGUGUGCGUGUUAACAGCUCUGUACUUUAUUACUGUAAGGAGGGAUUUUAUCCUGCACUGGGAGAAAAUAAAUCAGUGUGUACUGAGAACGGUUCAUGGAGCAGAGCAACUCUGUUCUGUCGAGAGAUUCAAUGCUCUGAGCCCCCUGUGCUGCCCCACGCUGGCCGGUUGUGGGAUGGCAGUGUGCGUGUUAACAGCUCUGUACUUUAUUACUGUAAGGAGGGAUUUUAUCCUGCACUGGGAGAAAAUAAAUCAGUGUGUACUGAGAACGGUUCAUGGAGCAGAGCAACUCUGUUCUGUCGAGAGAUUCGAUGCUCUGAGCCCCCUGUGCUGCCCCACGCUGGCCGGUUGUGGGACGGCAGUGUGCGUGUUAACAGCUCUGUACUUUAUUACUGUAAGGAGGGAUUUUAUCCUGCACUGGGAGAAAAUAAAUCAGUGUGUACUGAGAACGGUUCAUGGAGCAGAGCGACUCUGUUCUGUCGAGAGAUUCGAUGCUCUGAGCCCCCUGUGCUGCCCCACGCUGGCCGGUUGUGGGACGGCAGUGUGCGUGUUAACAGCUCUGUACUUUAUUACUGUAAGGAAGGAUUUUAUCCUGCACUGGGAGAAAAUAAGUCAGUGUGUACUGAGAACGGUUCAUGGAGCAGAGCGACUCUGUUUUGUCGAGAAGUAGACUGUGGUAUUCCUCCAUCGUUCCCUCACACAGUAAUGUUAUGGAAUGGAGUCAGUAAUGUGGGUACAGAAGUGCAGUAUCAGUGUGAGGAUGGUUUUUAUAACACCGGACAUGAGGACGUGUGUGUGUGUACGAGCAGAGGAACAUGGAGCCUCCUGCACUUCCUCUGUCAAGAGGUGAACUGCAGUGAGCCCCGUCUUCUCCCUCACACACUGCUAGUGUGGAAUGGCAGCUCCACUUUUGGCUCUGUGGCUCAGUAUGAAUGUGAAGCUGGAUAUCGGAGUGUUAGCCCAGUGAGUGUGUCUGUGUGUGGCUCUGACAGCCAGUGGAGCGCUGUACAACUGCACUGUGAAGUGUACUGUGGUCCGAUCCCCACACUGCACAACGCCGAGGUUCUCUGGGAAAACGGCACCGUCGCCAUCCAUCGCUGUCUUAAAGGCUACUACAGACAUACAGGAAGUGACAUAUCAGUGUGUGACACCACAGGAAGAUGGCUGAUGGCCACCAUGCACUGCAGAGAGCUGAAAUUCAGUGUUCAGAGUUUGACUGUGUUUAAGGAGAAAUGCCUGCACUGGAGGACAGCUGCAGAAACUGAAGGCUACAGACAGCAAUACAGUGUGGUGUUUAUCGGUGUGAGGGAUUUCGAUCCAUUGUUCAGUGAUCAGCGGACGGAAGUGUUUAGUUCGUCAGCGUUACAUCCUGCUCUAUGUUUGAAGCUGCAGCCCAUCACCAACUACACCAUCACUGUGACUGCACUGGAGACCGGAGACAUGGCUACUGUUACUGCUAACACCAGCAUACCCACUCCGCCCACUCCUGAGGUUGAGUACAGUGAGUUUGAUUCCCACCAAUCAACUCUACGAUUGCGAAGAGCCACCAGUACACUGGAUCCAAUUUGUGUGUACCAGGUGAUUGUGUUACCUGUGGCUGGCAUGUUGGUGUUCGACUGCGGCUCGUCUCAUUCCUGCGAUGGCGAGUACGUCGCUGCUCAGCUGCAGCUUUGUGAUCUGGGUGUGGAGGUGAAUUUCACACUGGGGAACCGACAGCAGUACGGACCGUUCUACAACACUCCACUGGAGAGCGGACAAGAUUACUACAUCAUCCUGCGCACCGUCUGCACCUGGGGGCCGGUGAGAAAGCAGUCCUGUGUUAUCUGGGCCAAAGCCAGAGGAGCUUUCUACGCUACCAGGAUUUCUGCUUUGGUGACGUUCGGCUCCAUCGGCGCUCUGGGUUUCUUUAGCACGAUGGUUUACUGCUGCUGCUGGUCAGAGUCUGACUUUAUUGUUUCCACUGCACCUUUGUCCACUUCUACAUACAGUAUGAGUGAGCACAAAGUACAGAGUAUGGAGACAGGAACAUCGUUAAAUUUGGCAACAACUACAGUGCAUCUCAUCUCAUCUCAUUAUCUGUAGCCGCUUUAUCCUGUUCUACAGGGUCGCAGGCAAGCUGGAGCCUAUCCCAGCUGACUACGGGCGAAAGGCGGGGUUCACCCUGGACAAGUCGCCAGGUCAUCACAGGGCUGACAGAUAAAGUUAAUUUCUCAGAGAUUCAUGUCAGCUCACUAACUACUCACUUUUCUGAUAACUACCUAGUAUGCUAAUUAUAACAUAACAUCCAGGAGCUAACUUUACUGUGCAAAUGUUUUUGUGGCUUAACCAAACUAAAAAUUCUACUCUACUUGAUUUACAUUUUGCCACGCCCUCAAAACUCCAUAAAAGGGUGUGGCUAGUAAAAGAGUGAACAAUGGCCUUCAAAGCACAGUGUUCUUUUGGGUUGCUUUCUUUCAAGCUACUAAUACAAAACAACUGAAUUUCACAAAAGUAUUAAGCGAUAAGUCCUGCUAGUUAAACCUGAGCAGUGACAGCCAUCGCGUGUCAGAAGUGACGGACCAGUUUCUUUCACAACUCCUUUAAAAAUAGGUCAAAUAUCUACUUUGAGUUCUUUAAACUUAAAGAAGGAGAUGAAGAGGAUUCAACUGAGAAGAAAUGGAAAGUGGAAGUCAACAAAGGUGUAAUAAAUACAGGACUGAGAAACAAAUAAAAACCUAUGUCACGUCUUUAUUCUGAUUAUUUCUCUCUCUUUGUGUCCUACAGGUUUUGGAAAGAACACUGAUUUUGACGGAAUAUGUGUUUUAUGUUAUUUAAAAUUUAUUUCUUUGUUUCGAAAGUGUUCAUUAUUUUUGCUUGUAUUUUUGUUUAUAAUAAAAUUAUUUCUUUAAAGAUG